UGUUUUGCUAUUGUCUCAAUCUCUCCACCCGGACCUUUUUACGGACGCACUGGUGCACUCCGGAGCCGAUUUCGUCACGCCAUUGUACUAUUAGUUUAUUUUUCAGACUUUGGAAAGAUUUUGUUAGGGUUCCUAGCUCAGUGUUGAAACUCGGGGGAAUCCGGUGGUGAGAUAAGAGCACGAGCGUGACCGAAUAACAGCUGCCAUGUCAACGGACUCCUGGGCCCAGGCUGUGGACGAGCAAGAAGCCGCUGCGGAAUCGGUAAGCACGAGCCGAACUGCUCUUUGGCGAAAUGUGUCGGGUCAUGGGCCUAUGCUUCGGCUGGUUAACGUUAGCUAUAGAUUCUGUUUAAAUAUUGCAGAUUACCUUAAUUAACUAGCUAGUUAAAUAGUUUACCGAUAUUGCAAUCAAUCAACAUUACAUACAUGACCCCUCGACCGUGUUACCGUUCACAUCAUAAUGCCUACUGUAACUAGCUAGUUUGGUUAACGUUAACUAACUAACUAGUCGAGUUAGCAAACGUUAGCUAAUUAACGUGAAUUUGCUAACUUGGCUAGCCAGAUCAACUAGCUAUUAGUAAUUAAUUGUUUCCAUUGCAUUAUAUGACACCACGUGCUCUGUUACAUACAAUUCGAUCUCGUUAGCGUUAACCCGAUUUCAUGUAUUACUUGUCACGACUUCCGACGUGGUCAAGAAAUGGCACCUGUCCAGGGAGGGAGAUCCCACAUGUUCACGCACUCCAAUUUGUGCAGCACAUGCCUUGCCUUGAAAUGAUCCGUUUCAAAACAUUCCUGGACAUCCUAAAACCAAAUGAUGCUUGUUUAUAUUUCCUAGAUUGGUAGCCUACAAAUCAAAGACAAGCCCGAGGAAAAUGGUAAGAGAAGUUAUCCCAGAUUGCCUACUAUAAACAGGCUAUGUGGUUUAGCAUAACACAUGGUCUGAAGGAUUAUAACUUCAAUUUGUGAAUCAAUUCUUGUUAAGGUGGUUUGGGUGAAAACAAAACAAAAAUUCAUUGAAAAUGUAUGUGUCAACUUGUUCUGAGGAUACCACAAGCUAACAAAUACCAUAUGGUACCCUCAGGUACUGCCAACACUGCGACAACGACAACGACAACAAACACAGCAGCAGCCGCCAGCGCUGCAAUGCCUGCGAAGACAGGCGGAGGAGAGGGAGACAAAACAGGGGAGGAGGACGAUAAAGGUGUUUACUAUCAGGCCACACAAAAAAUACAACAUGGGAUGGCAGCAGUGGUGGAAAAAGUACUCAAUUGUCGUACUUGAGUAAAAUUAAAGAUACCUUAGCAGAAAAUGACUCAAGUAAAAGUGAAAGUCACCCAGUAAAAUACUGGUUUUAAAUAUACUUUAAGUAUCAAAGUAAAUGGAACUGCUAAAAUAUACUUGUGUAUGAGUGGUCCUCUGUAGCUUAGCUGGUAGAGCACUGCGCCUGUAACGCCAGGGUAGUGGGUUCGAGCCCUGGGACCACCAUACACAAAAAAAUUAAAUAAUGCACGCAUUACUGUAAGUUGCUUUGGAUAAAAGCGUCUGCUAAAUGGCUUAUUAUUAUUAUUAUUAUUAUACUUAAGUAUUAAAAGUAUAAAUCAUUUCAAAUUCCUUAUAUUAAGCAAACCAGACAGCACUAUGUUCUUUUUUAUUGACGGAUAGCCAGGGGCACACUCCAACAUUCAGACAUAAUUUACAAACAAAGCAUUUGUGUUUAGUGAGUCCACCAGAUCAGAAGCAGUAGGGAUGACCGGGGAUGUUCUCUUGAUAUAAGUGCAUGAACAUUUUCAUGUCAAAAUGUUACAGGAGUACUUCUGGGUGUCAGUGAAAAUGUAUGGAGUAAAAAGUACAUUAUUGUCUUUAGGAAUGUAGUGAAGUAAAAGUUGGCAAAAAUAUAAAUAGUAAAGUACAGAUACCCCAAAAAACUACUUAAGUAGUACUUUAAAGUAUUUGUAGUUAAGUACUUUACACCACUGGAUGGCAGUGUUUCCUUUCACAGCAGAGCCAGAUUAUGGUGUUUCAGUUGAGCUGUCUUUGACAGCCUGGUUUGUGUUUGAUCAUCAGAUGCAAAUGUUGUCAUACUGGUGUUGCCAAAGCUUUGCUUCACGACAGCUAGUCUAUAUUCUCCUGUAGACUGUCUCUCCUUAAAUGUGUUGUGGCAGGUCCAAACAGACCUCUGGAAUAUUAUGUCACUGCAUUGUAAAUGUAAUGUAACUGUUUUCAGAUGACAAGGCGGCACAAUCGUUGUUGAAUAAGUUGAUACGCAGUAAUCUAGUGAACACAACCAAUCAAGUAGAAGUCCUACAGAGGGAUCCCAACUCUCCGCUUUACUCUGUCAAGUCCUUUGAGGAGCUGCGGCUGUAAGUUACUUUAUGUCCUAUCUAUAAACUCUAAGAGCUGUCUAUGAGGUGCCUAUGAACUGUUAGAGUGCACAAGGUGUUAUGAAUGUUAUUGAACACAAAUUACAGUUUUGAUCAGAAUCUGUUUUGCUGUUGGCACAUGUAAUGUGCUCUUGGCCCCUGGCUUUGUGUCCAUAUAUUUCUCAGUUUUGAAUAAAAAAACGUGUCCCCUUAAUACUCACAUUGUUUCCCCUCCCUGUCCCCACAGUAAACCUCAGCUGCUCCAGGGAGUGUACGCCAUGGGCUUCAACCGCCCCUCCAAAAUCCAAGAGAACGCAUUACCCAUGAUGCUCGCAGAACCGUGAGUUUACAGAGAGCUUCAGUCAGACACUUCCUGAUUCCUCUUAGUCAGUCACACACAUCUCUCAGCUCUUUGUAUCAAGUUAAUAUUCAUUCCCUGAAUCCCAAACUAGUUCACAGACUAGAGAGAUGAUUCGUUUUGUUUGGACAGACGGCCGAUAGACAUGAGAAGUGCUGUGUAAAGUCCACCUCUGUAAUACCAACCAUCCUCUGGCCUGUCUUGCUCUUCUCCAUUUAAACUGAAAUCAAACUGUUCUAUUUAACUAAUUUCCAUUUAACUGAUCUGAUUGGCCAUUAAACAGUUUUUCCAGAACAAUCAUGAAGCUCUGUCUUUCCUCUCUCCUGGUGCCUUCUCUCUCUUUGUUGAUCUGACCCGUGCUCUGAUGGCUACCAGCCCACAGAACCUGAUCGCCCAGUCUCAGUCGGGGACGGGGAAAACUGCUGCCUUUGUCCUGGCCAUGCUCAGUCACGUUGACCCCAACAACAAGUUCCCACAGGUGAGUUGAGCCCUGACCCUUGACUUCUCAGGGUCACUUUCAUUAGGGUACCCUGUCCAUUUGAUUGUCCUACCUAUGAGCUCUCUAACACCUUCCUCUCUCCCAGGCUCUGUCUGUGUCUCCUACCUAUGAGCUAUCUAACACCUUCCUCUCUCCCAGGCUCUGUGUGUGUCUCCUACCUAUGAGCUGGCCCUGCAGACAGGGAAGGUCAUUGAGCAGAUGGGGAAGCACUAUUCAGAGGUCAAACUAGUCUACGCCAUCAGAGGAAACAAGCGUAAGUCUACUACGGAGUCCUUUAAAGUCUCUCAACUGAUUUUACUGCAUUUCAAACGGAGUGGAACACUGGUAUGACCAGGUUAAUCAUCCACCGUGGUUGUUGGAACCGUGCUGAAAAGGACAAUGUGAAAAGAAAAGAUCAGAACCACAGUUAAAUUGGGCUCGGCACUACAGUGUGAAAAGGGAAAUACUCUCUCUUCCUCUCCCCCCCAGUGCAGAGAGGUACCCAGCUCCAGGAGCAGGUCGUGAUUGGAACGCCAGGCACCAUGCUGGACUGGUGUCUGAAGUUCAAGUUCAUCGACCCCAAGAAAAUCAAAGUGUUUGUCCUGGACGAAGCUGACGUCAUGAUCGCUACACAGGGUCAUCAGGACCAGAGCAUACGCAUUCAGAGGUACACACACAGUCACAUUCACACACAUUGACCCCUUAGUCCUCUCUCUCUGUGUUUCAGGAAGUUGCCUAAAGUUAUAAAACCAACCCACCAUGCUGACCCCUUUUCUCCCUCUCAGGAUGCUACCCAAAGAGUGCCAGAUGCUGCUGUUCUCGGCAACGUUCGAGGAGACUGUGUGGAACUUUGCUCAGCGCAUCGUCCCAGAACCCAACAUCAUCAAGCUGAAGAGGGAGGAGGAGACUCUGGACACCAUCAAACAGUACUACGUCCUCUGUAACAGCAAAGAGGAGAAGUUCAUGGCCCUCUGCAACAUCUACGGAGCCAUCACCAUCGCUCAGGCCAUGAUCUUCUGUCAUGUGAGUUAGAGCCAUCACCAUCGCUCAGGCCAUGAUCUUCUGUCAUGUGAGUUAGAGCCAUCACCAUCGCUCAGGCCAUGAUCUUCUGUCAUGUGAGUUAGAGCCAUCACCAUCGCUCAGGCCAUGAUCUUCUGUCAUGUGAGUUAGAGCCAUCACCAUCGCUCAGGCCAUGAUCUUCUGUCAUGUGAGUUAGAGCCAUCACCAUCGCUCAGGCCAUGAUCUUCUGUCAUGUGAGUUAGAGCCAUCACCAUCGCUCAGGCCAUGAUCUUCUGUCAUGUGAGUUAGAGCCAUCACCAUCGCUCAGGCCAUGAUCUUCUGUCAUGUGAGUUAGAGCCAUCACCAUCGCUCAGGCCAUGAUCUUCUGUCAUGUGAGUUAGAGCCAUCACCAUCGCUCAGGCCAUGAUCUUCUGUCAUGUGAGUUUGUUAUUCCAGUUAAUCAACGUGUUUGAAGGGAUUAGUUUGAGCGAGGCGUAUAAUUGCUUAUCUUGAUCACAUAAUGAGUAAGUGGUUUGGUAUGUAAGGUAAGGGGAUUAUGAGUAAGUGGUUUGGUAUGUAAGGUAAGGGGAUUAUGAGUAAGUGGUUUGGUAUGUAAGGUAAGGGGAUUAUGAGUAAGUGGUUUGGUAUGUAAGGUAAGGGGAUUAUGAGGAAGUGGUUUGGUAUGUAAGGUAAGGGGAUUAUGAGGAAGUGGUUUGGUAUGUAAGGUAAGGGGAUUAUGAGGAAGUGGUUUGGUAUGUAAGGUAAGGGGAUUAUGAGGAAGUGGUUUGGUAUGUAAGGUAAGGGGAUUAUGAGGAAGUGGUUUGGUAUGUAAGGUAAGGGGAUUAUGAGGAAGUGGUUUGGUAUGUAAGGUAAGGGGAUUAUGAGGAAGUGGUUUGGUAUGUAAGGUAAGGGGAUUAUGAGGAAGUGGUUUGGUAUGUAAGGUAAGGGGAUUUGUAGAUUGGUGAUUCAGUGAGUGCACACACUGUGGUAUUUAGUCACAUAAGUGUUAAAUCUGAAAAUGUUAAUAAUGUAAGCAGUAUGGCGAGAUGGAAAGCUAUUACCAUAUUGUUUUAUACCUAUUUAAUCAUCUCAGAUCUAACACUAGGAGCUAAAGGAGAGGUUUCCAGUGGGUCGGGGGUUGAUUUGGGAUCUGGUGUUUCUCUCUGUGUACUUUAUCCCCUUGUCUCUCUCUCUUUCCCCCUCAGACCAGGAAAACGGCAGGGUGGUUGGCAGGUGAGCUGUCCCGGGAGGGCCACCAGGUGGCGCUGCUCAGUGGUGAGAUGCAGGUGGAGCAGAGAGCUGCUGUCAUCGACCGCUUCAGAGAUGGAAAGGAGAAGGUCCUGGUCACCACCAACGUCUGUGCCAGAGGUAACUCACUCACUCAAACUACUGGUCUUUAUUUAAAGGCCCAGUCUGAUAUUUACAGAUGUUUUUGAAUCAUUUUAAUUAAUGGUAUACCUAUUGAUUCUUGAAGAGUUUCAAAUGAAGGAGUAGGCCCUUUUUAGCUAGUGAUGCAACAGUAACUGUUCAACUCCUCUUCAGAUGGACGACGUAGACUGUUAACGUUACAUUAAUACACUGGUCUUCAUUGAAUUAGUUUUAGUAUUCUGCUCCUGGGUAGUUAUUGGAUAUGUUGUACACUACUUUUAUAAUGUUCAGUCUGUCCAUUCACAUAUUCUCAGCUGUCUAUAAUCUGACCCUUGACUCUCCCUCCAGGUAUCGACGUGGAGCAGGUUUCCGUGGUGAUAAACUUUGACCUGCCGGUGGACAGAGACGGUAACCCAGACAACGAGACUUACCUGCACCGGAUUGGCCGCACGGGUCGUUUUGGGAAGCGGGGAUUGGCCAUCAACAUGGUGGACAGCAGGUUCAGCAUGAACAUCCUCAACAAGAUCCAGGAUCACUUCAGUAAGUCAGGAUGUCUGAAUAAAUAAUUUAUUUAUUGACCUUUCAAAUCAAAUUUGCUACCCCUCCCAAAUGAUUUUUAAACUUCGAGGUCAGUUUUCCCGGACACGGAUCAAGCCUAGUAUGAACUAAAAAGCGUUUUCCAUGGAGAUUCUUCAUUGAGCUUGCUUUUUGGUUCAGGACUAAAUAAUGUCCGGGAAAACCGUCCCCAAGAGUGUGACGGUCUUUACAAUGACCUUAUCCUCAAUCAUCCACAGAUAAGAAGAUCGAGAAGCUGGACACAGAUGAUCUGGAUGAGAUAGAGAAAAUCGCCGGCUGAAAAGAGAGAAAGAGUUCAGAACCACAUGACUGCUCAAAGCCCUGCUCCCCCCACCCCCGACUCUCCUUGGACUGUUCUCAUACAGUGUUUUAAUUUGAAAAUUUUAGCGUUUGAGAGAAGUGCAAAGCCACAAACACAGCUAUAAUGUUUACAUGUGGUGUAAAUGUCUUAUAUCUCUCAGAUAUAUUUUAACAAGUCUCUGAAACGUUCCUGUUUCACUCUUUCUACUUAUUCAUGAAUAAAGUUUAUAAUAUUAGCAAACAUUUUAUUUGUAUAUGUGCAUUGUAAUGCCAUCAUGGUGGUAGGCUUAAGAGUGCAAUGGCUUGUGCUUAUGAAAAACAUUUUAAAAUUAUGCAAAUUAAAUGUUACUAGUUCAUAUCUUCCCUGUUCAUGCAGUUAUUUUGGUGGAAUGGAAACAAGCCCUCUCAUUUUAUAUAAAGAUAUUUUUGUUUAACCCAGUCCCUGAAUGAGAUCUCCAGGAGAGCAUAAUCAGGAAAGUAAGCUGAAUGCUUUAAGAUUUUAGUUAUCAUUUGUGAAUGUUUUGCAAUGAAUACAAGAAUUCUGAUAAGUAGUACAAAGAGUGAAAUAGAUGUAUUGUUUUGAGAGGUCUUUGUUUUUUGUAAAAUCAUAAAGUUACUUAGUUGUGAUGGUUGGGGUCAGGGUUCC